AUGAUUUCUAACAUUAUUAAGACGGUUGAAGAAAAUAUCAAAGACUCUGAUGCAGAAUUAAUAGUCAACGCAUCUGAUAUCACCCUAGAUGAUACUGAAAGAAUAUACGCUUCAGGAGAUAUUGGAAGUGAUAUAGAAUCAGAGGACUCUGAACCUAAAGAUAAGCAUAACUUAGAUCCAAAAUCAGAAUCUACAGAAAAUGAUGAAAUAUCUGAUAUUAUCAAUAUAUAUAGCUACUAG